UUUCUUCCAUCUUUAUCCAAUAAGUUUCCCUUUAUAUUUAUUUUUAUUUGAAUAUACUGAUCCCUAAUUAUAUUUAAGUGAAUUUAUGUUCUUCUUAUCAAAAAAGUAACCAAACCCCAAUUAAAAAAACUCGAUCCAGUAUUUUAUUGUGUUUGUAUAAAUAUAUACGAGUAAUUACUUGACAAAGAUCUUCACUUUCUCUCUCCAUCUCCCCCUGUCCCUCUGUCUUCUUCUUCUCAAUCUCUAAAAUUGUGUAGAAAUUGAUGAAAGGUAAUCGCUUGUUUAUUUUGCUUCAGCUGCUUCAAGCUCCAUUUUCGGAUCAGUUUCAGUCAUGUCGUCAAAAUCAUAUACAAGCUUCCUGGACUUAGCAGCUGGAGGGUAUCUGGAUUUACCUCAAACUCCCAGAAACCUUCCCAAGGUGAUGACUGUCCCUGGUGUUAUACCUGAUGCAGACUCCACCGAAAGUAAAGAUGAUAUUUUAGAUGCUUCCACAUCGAGAUAUCGUGACAGAAAAAUUGUAGUGUCGAAUUUUCUCCCAAUAAAUGCUCAAAAGGACCCUAAAUCUGGUAAAUGGAGCUUCAGUUUAGAUGAUGAUUCACUUUACUUGCAUUUGAAAGAUGGGUUCUCACCUGAAAGCGAAGUUUUCUAUGUGGGGUCAUUGAAAGUGGAUGUUGAUGUAAAAGAGCAAGAGGAAGUUGCACAAAUUUUGCUAGAGAAUUUUCGUUGUGUGCCUACGUUUCUCCCAGCAGAUUUGCAGAAGAAGUUCUACCAUGGGUUUUGCAAGCAAUAUCUUUGGCCCCUCUUUCAUUACAUGCUUCCUAUGUCACCUGAUCACGGGUCCCGUUUUGACCGUGGCCUUUGGCAAGCCUAUGUUUCAGCCAACAAGAAGUUUGCAGACAAAGUCGUUGAGAUACUGAAUCCCGAGGAUGACCUUGUUUGGGUUCAUGACUAUCAUCUGAUGCUGCUACCGACAUUCUUAAGAAGGCGGUUUUACAGAGUUAAGCUUGGUUUCUUUCUUCAUAGUCCGUUUCCAUCAUCAGAAAUUUACCGGACUUUGCCCGUUAGAGAUGAAAUCUUGAAAGCGUUUCUGAACUCAGAUUUAGUCGGAUUUCAUACGUUUGAUUAUGCUCGGCAUUUUCUCUCAUGUUGUAGCAGACUGCUCGGGUUGGACUAUGAAUCCAAACGGGGAUAUCUCGGGAUUGAUUAUUUUGGCAGGACGGUAUUUGUUAAGAUAUUACCUGUUGGGUUGCAGCUUCGUCGCCUUGAAGUUGCCAUGAACCAUCCUUCUGCAUCUGUUAAAGUCAAAGAGAUCCAAAAGCAAUUUGAGGGGAAAAAGAUAAUUCUCGGUGUUGAUGACAUGGAUAUAUUUAAAGGAAUCAGUCUAAAAUUGUUGGCUGCUGAGCACCUUUUGAACCAGCACCCGGAGUUGCAGGGAAAACUCGUCUUGAUCCAAAUCGUGAACCCUGCAAGAAGUACCGGGAAGGAUGUUCAGGAAGCAAAGUCAGAGACAUAUGAGAUAACCAAAAGGAUCAACAUGAAAUUCGGGUUUCCGGGUUAUGAGCCCGUCAUCUUGAUCGAUCGACCCGUGCCUCUUUACGAGAAGACUGCGUACUAUGCAAUGGCGGAAUGCUGCAUUGUGAAUGCUGUUAGGGAUGGGUUGAACCUUACUCCAUAUAAGUAUGUCAUUUGCAGACAAGGAUCUCCUAAAAUUGAUGAAGCAAUGGGAGUUUCCCCAGGUGAAACUCGUUCAAGUAUGCUUGUUGUCUCGGAGUUUGUUGGAUGCUCACCAUCUCUUAGUGGUGCUAUCAGGGUUAAUCCGUGGAAUAUUGAGGCCGUUGCAGAUGCAAUGAAGAUGGCUAUAAGUAUAUCUGAAUUAGAGAAACAGUUGAGACACGAGAAGCAUUACCGUUAUGUUAGCUCUCAUGACGUGGCGUACUGGUCCCGCAGUUUUGUGCAGGAUUUGGAGCGGGCGUGUAAGGACCAUUAUAACAAACGUUGUUGGGGAAUCGGUUUCGGGUUGAGUUUUAGGAUUCUCGCUCUUUCUCCGUCCUUUAGGAAGCUCUCGGUUGAAUACGUGGUUUCUGCAUACAAGAAGGCAACAAAAAGGGCAAUAUUCUUGGAUUAUGAUGGAACCGUUGUCUCUGAUAUGUCCAUUGUCAAAACUCCUAGUUCCGAGCUUAUAUCUGUACUGCAAAAUCUUUGUAGUGACACAAAAAACACUGUUUUCAUUGUUAGUGGCAGGGGACGUGAUUCUUUGACUGAAUGGUUAUCCCCUUGUGAUAAGUUGGGAAUAGCUGCUGAACACGGGUACUUCUUGAGGUGGAAGCAGAACUGUGACUGGGAGAUUAGCACGGUUACUACAGACGAUGACUGGAAAAAAAUAGCGGAACCUGUGAUGCAGCUUUAUACAGAAUCAACAGACGGAUCCACCAUAGAGAGCAAGGAGAGUGCUAUAGUAUGGCACCAUCAAGACGCAGACCCUGAUUUUGGCUCGUGUCAGGCCAAAGAAUUGUUGGAUCAUUUAGAAAAUGUCCUUUCUAAUGAACCUGUCGUUGUUACUAGGGGACACAAUAUCGUUGAAGUUAAGCCUCAGGGAGUUAGCAAAGGGUUGGUGACAGAGAGAGUACUUUCAGAACUAACAAAUGACGGGAAGGCACCAGAUUUCCUGCUGUGUAUAGGUGAUGAUCUAUCCGAUGAAGACAUGUUUGAGAGUAUAUUGAGCAAAGCUUCUUGUAGUACAUCUACAGGUAGUGUGCCUGAGAUUUUCGCGUGCACUGUUGGUCAGAAACCGAGUAAAGCCAAGUACUAUUUAAAUGACACAAAGCAUGUGAUGAGACUGCUUCAAGGCUUGACAUUUGCUUCUAACGGGAAGCCACCCGAGUGUAUUCCACCAUGCCAAGUCUCCUUCGAGAGCUUUGCUUAAGAUGUUGCUCGGUUUGCCACAAAACAUGAUGAUAUACGGGGAUUCUUUGAAUAUGGUAGGAACGCGUGAGUUUUUUUUGGGUUUUUGGGGUUGGUAUGAUAUAAUUCGGGGUGUAGUUCUUACUCUAAAUUAGGUUUUGGAGGAGGUUUAGAUGUUGAUAAUGGGGGUUAGAUUGCCUUACUGGAUAACCCAAAAAAGUAAAUGGUUUGUAUAUGUUUUUCUUUUAUGGAAUUUUCUCAUAACAGGAAAACUUGGAGUCUUCUGAUACAUUAGAGAACAUAAACUGUUCUUCCAUACCACCCUAAUCUUUUGUCCAAAUGGAACCUUUUGUAAAUAUUCCCCAUAUUUGAAGAGUUUUUCUUAGAA